AUGGGUGUGUUUGCACUUCUCCAAGCCUAUGCCUUUCUGCAGUACCUGAAAGACAGGCUGACCCGACAGGAGUUCCAGACGCUCUUCCUCCUUGGAGUGUCUCUUGCCGCCGGCGUGGUCUUCCUCACCGUCAUCUAUCUCACUUACACAGGAUACAUUGCUCCGUGGAGUGGUCGUUUCUAUUCUCUCUGGGACACCGGCUAUGCUAAGAUCCACAUCCCCAUCAUAGCGUCAGUGUCGGAGCACCAGCCCACCACCUGGGUCUCCUUCUUCUUCGACCUCCACAUCCUGGUCUGCACCUUCCCAGCAGGCCUCUGGUUCUGCAUCAAGAACAUCAACGAUGAACGAGUGUUUGGUAGGAGCACUUUAUUAAAAGCUCUACAGUUUAUGAGAACAUGCGCGCUUGGACAUUAUGACAUUUAUUUUCACCUCAGCAUGAAUUGGAAAGACGGGCAAAUAAUUGAGUGGUUUAUCCGCUCAGUAAACAGUAGGCUAAGUUAACAUGCAUGAUUUGU